AUGCUACAGGAGAAGCCGUCAAUAAGGAAAUAUUUUUUCCAAAAAAUCGAAAGAAUAGAGAAGAGAUUGGAAAGUGGUGAAGUCGAUGAGAGAGAUAUCGAAGAUAGUUUGCGGCAGUUGAAUGGAUUUUAUGACAAGUUGCUGGCAACGAAUGAAAUAGACGAGGAAGUCUUUGAACAAUACGAGGAGAUGACGGAAAGACUUAGUAUUCGACGGAAAGUCGUUGGAGAGCAAAAAAUGGAGAAAGCAGAGGGAAAAGAAAUCCGCUGCAACAUCAGGUUAAGCGAAGUGAGGAUACCCGAGUUCAGCGGCAAAAUUAAGGACUGGGAGUCAUUCCAUGACUUAUUUAAAAAUUUGAUGCAUAAUUCGCCUCAUUUUUCCGAAGUAGAGAAAUUAUACAGGCUGAAGGCAGCCAUUAAAGGAGACGCAGCUCAACUAAUUCAGCAUUUAAAAAUAACCGACUCCAAUUAUGAAGCUGCCUUUGAAUUAUUGAAGAAAAGGUACGAGAAUAGGAGAUUGAUGUUCACGAAUUUGUGUGAUAAGAUUCUGGACCAACCAGUAAUGAAUAGCGAUUCAGCGGCAAGUAUAAGACGCAUGCUUGACACUACCAAAAACUGUGUAAUGGCUUUGAGGGGCAUGAAUGUGUCUACAAAGGAUGCUGAACCAUUUAUUGCCAGAAUAAUUGUGAGAAAGUUUGAUAAGGAUGGGUUGCGGCUAUAUGAGCAACAUGUAAGGAAGCCGAGAGAAAUUCAAACUUUGGAUGAUGUCUUAGAAUUUUUGCAACAACAAUACCUUGCGUUGGAAGCGGCGGGAGAGCAGGAAGUGAACGUGAAGAGAAUUUAUGGAAACAAAAAUAAUAUGUCAACCAAAUUUUGCUACUUUUGUGAGAAAAGUGGGCACGGGGUGAUAGAAUGCAGGAAGAUGUUGGCAAUGACACCGGCAGAGAGAAAGCCUGCGGUAGCUGCGAAAAAAAUUUGUUUCGUUUGUCUUUUACACAGGACAGACAGAAAAUGCAAUAGUGUUGUGCGCUGCAACAAAUGUGGAGGUAAUCACCAUCAUUAUCUUCACAAUGGUGACCAAAGAAGCGUUAAUCAGCAAGUUAAUCCCACAUCAUCUAUGGUAAUUGAGAGAAAACAACAACAAGUUUUAUUGGCAACAGCAUUGGUAAAAGUACGGGCAGCGACGGGAGAAUUUGAGUUGCUACGGGCAAUGAUAGAUCAAGGGUCACAGAUAACAUCAAUUUCGGAAGAAGCUUCGCAGAUUUUGGGAUUGCCAAGGAUAAAAGAAAAAACGGAAAUACACGGCUUGGGUGGUACUUUGGUUGGUGUGUCGAAGUACAAAGUGGACUUAGUUAUAAAGCCAAGAUUUCUUAGCAAACAUGUAUUCAAUUCACAGGCGAUGGUACUACCUACGAUAAUGAGCCAGCAGCCAGGUAAAUCCUUCGACAUAGAUAUGAAGCAAUGGCGAAACUGUAUGUUGGCUGAUCCAUUCUUCAAUAAAUCCGAUCGCAUUGAUCUAAUAAUCGGUGGAGACAUUUACGCCGACAUAAUGGAAAAAGGGCAGAAGAGAGUAAGCGGUCCGUUCUCACAACAAACGAAACUUGGUUGGAUAGUAUCUGGAGCUCUAUCCAAUGGAAUAAGCAAAGUGGAAAAAGUGCUGGUGGCUGCGACGAACCUUGAACGUUUUUGGGAAGUAGAGGAAGUGGAAGCAGAAGAUCAGUGUACAAAUGAUGACCAGUGGUGCAUGCAGAAUUUUGAAAAAUCGACCGUUAUUCGAGAUGAUGGUCGAUUGAUGGUGUCAUUACCUUUUAAGGCUGAUAUGGAACUAGGCGAAUCCAAACCGCAAGCAAUGGCCAGGUUUUUGAAUGGUGAAAAGAAGUUGGAGAAAUAUCCAUCACUAAAAGCUGAAUAUAUAACCUUCAUGGGAGAGUAUCGGGAACUGGGUCAUAUGGUGCAAGUACCGAUGGAGAUGAAAGGAAAAUAUUACUUACCGCAUCAAGCAGUGAUCAGAGAAGAUAGCCGAACAACGAAAGUGCGAGUGGUGUUUGAUGCAUCAGCGAAAACAUCGAAUCAAAGAAGUUUGAAUGACAUAAUGCACACUGGACCUAAACUUCAACGCGAUAUAUUUGAUAUAAUGUUGAAAUGGCGUUUAUGGAAGUAUGUAUUGACAGGAGACGUGGAAAAGAUGUAUCGGCAGAUUGUAGUGAGGCCAGAAGAUCAAGAAUAUCAAUACAUACUUUGGAGAGAGAACAGAGCGGAACCAAUAAAGCAAUAUCGUUUAACAACAGUAACAUAUGACACAUCAGCGGCGCCGUUUCUGGCAGUAAGGUCACUAUUCAUGAUAGGUGAUUACUGCAAAGAGGAGAUGGUGAAAAAUAUUAUAAAAGAAGAUUUUUAUAUGGAUGACCUCAUGACUGGAGCUGAUACUGUAAAGGGAAGUCAACAUAUUCUGCAAUCAGUGGCACAGCAGCUGCAGAAGUUUAAUUUUCAUUUGAGAAAAUGGAUUUCAAAUGACCCUAAAAUUACGGAAAUUGUAGAAAAUCGAGGACGCAAUGAAGUUAUAUCGAUUAAAGACGACGAGUCCAUAAAAACCUUGGGUGUUGGGUGGGAUCCCAAUAUGGACCACUUUCGAUUCAACGUCAGCUUUAGUCAUCCUUCACAAAUGACAAAGAGAAAAGUACUGUCAUUGGUAGCUAGAAUUUUCGACCCAUUGGGAUGGUUAUCACCAAUAACGGUGGUAGCAAAAUUGAUCGUUCAGAAGCUGUGGCUGUUAAAUAUAGAUUGGGAUGAGACGAUACCCGAGGAAAUUUUGACGCAAUGGCUAGAAUUCGCAAAUCAUUUGGAUUCUCUUCAUAAAAUAAAAAUCCCUAGAUGGCUGGGUACAUCGACAACUACAAAGUUCGAGCUUCAUGGCUUUUCAGACGUGUCCGAGAAAGCAUAUUCCGCAGUAAUAUUCAUUAAAUGUGAAAUGAGGGUGACUUUACUAACUGCCAAAAGUAAGGUCAACCCAAUCAAAAAUAAAAAGACGCUGCCAAAAUUGGAGCUGUGUGGUGCACAUCUGUUGGCGAGAUUGUUGAAUAGGGCAGAGAAAAUCAUAGGAAGAGAGACGAACGUGUUUGCAUGGACUGAUUCAACAAUCAUACUGGGGUGGAUCCAAAAUAAUCGUAGCAAGGACAAAUUCAUUAAGAAUAAGGUGCAGGAUAUAAAUGUGCUUGUACCAACAGCAACAUGGAGAUAUGUUGGCACAAAGGAAAAUCCAGCAGAUAUUGCAUCAAGAGGUAUUCAACCACAUCGGCUAAUGGACUAUAAGCUAUGGUGGAAUGGUCCUGAAUGGUUGCGGGAGCCUUCAAGUCAUUGGCCUGAACUACCACAGAGGACUGCAGUGAUAGCAUCGACGAUGGUAACAACAGAAGUAAAUUUUUUGGAUGAUAUAAUGACGAGAUACUCCAGGUUUUCUAAAAUGCGGCGUGUAGUGGCAUACGUCAUUCGAUUUAUUGAGAGGACAAGGAAUAAAAUCAAAAUUUCUGGUGGUUUAGCUGUCCAUGAACUUAUAGAAGCUGAAGAACAUAUACUAUCACGUCAUCAGCAAGUUAUGUUUUCUAAAGAAAUUAUAUCUUUAAAAAGAGGAUCUUUAAUUGAUCGAGGCAGCCGUAUAGUGGGACUACAUCCUUUCUUAGACAGAAGAGGCAUACUUCGAGUUGGUGGUCGACUGCAAAAUGCAAAUAUGUCCUUCAAUCAAAAACAUCCAAUUGUAUUGAAUAAAUCGAAUCUGACAGCCGCAAUAGUGCGAUCGUUUCAUCUGGCAACUUUACAUGGAGGAAACAGAUUGACUGAAACAUCCACAAAACGCAAAUAUUGGAUUAUUGGCUUGAAAGCAGCGAUAAAAAAGUGUAUACGAUCGUGUCCAAGAUGUAUACGGUACAAACAAGAGACAGCGAAGCAGAUAAUGGGUAACUUGCCAGAUUCGAGGGUUACAGCGAUGCAACCUUUCUUAUAUACAGGAGUGGACUACGCUGGACCUAUAUGGAUGAAGUGCUCCAGAAACAGAGGACAAAAGUGUUUUAAAGGAUACAUUGCUAUAUUUGUCUGCAUGUCAACAAAAGCAAUUCAUCUGGAAGCUGUGAGCGAUUUGUCCACAUCAGCAUUUUUGGCAGCCUUGAAACGGUUCUUUUCCAGAAGAGGAAAGAGUGCUAAAAUGUACAGCGACAAUGGGACAAAUUUUGUUGGAGCGAAAAAUAGACUUGAUGCGGACUACAAAGCUGUUAUUCAAAGAAAUCGAGACGUGAUGCCAGUGCUGGCGGAGGAAGGUGUGGAGUGGCAUUUUAUCCCCCCGGCAGCCCCUCAUCAAGGAGGGAUUUGGGAGUCUGGCGUGAAAUCUGUGAAGCAUCAUCUGAGACGUGUUAUUGGCGAGACCAGAUUAAGUUACGAGGAAAUGGCCACAUUGCUGUGCCAAAUCGAAGCGGUUUUAAACUCAAGGCCAUUGGUGUAUAUGGAUAAUGAAGAAGUGGAAUCUCUUGAUUUUUUGUCACCGAGUCAUUUUCUGAUUGGGAGGCAGACGACGGAUGUACCGGAGUAUGUCAACGAAGUGGUAGGAUCUCUCAACAAGUGGAAGUUGAUACAGAAGAUGAGAAGAGAUUUCUGGAAUCGAUGGAAAGAGGAAUAUCUUUCAACGUUGCAGCAGCGAAGAAGGUGGAACCGGCCAGAGGUGAAUUUGGCGAAUGGAGAUGUAGUCAUCAUUAAAAACGAAUUGACACAUCCAGCGAAAUGGCCUAUGGGACGAAUCAUUGAGACUCAUCCGGGCAAGGAUGGGAGAGUUCGAGUUGUGUCAUUGAAGUUGCAAGAUUGCAUAUUAAAACGCCCUGUCCAGAAACUCUGUCCAUUAAUAAGAGCUUCGGAUGAAGAGGUGGAAGAAGUGUCGCCACAAACAACAAAAGCAGGAUUGAGGAAUACGCAGUCGGCAAACAAGCAUGUUUUUAGUGUAUUAGUAAUGCUGCUACUUGCUGCCACAAGUCAGAUUGGAGCAGUGGCUACAACUGGAGGUUCAAUCUCUGAGAUAAGCAAUUCUACUGCAAUUUACCUGGAUCACUUGGGAACUGUGGAUGUAGUAGCGUCUUCAUGGAAUCUGCUAAUCUAUUUCAAGCUUGAUCCGUUCUUUGAGGUAAUUAGCAAAUCCGAACGAUUGCUGGUGAAUAUGAGAAAUACAUGUGGAAAAUUGAUGACCUUUGAAGACCACUGUGGUCAUGUACUGGACGAGAUGGAGCAGAUAGUGAAGGAGAUGAUAUACACUAAUCGAUAUUUGUUUCAUGAUGAUGUGGCUAGAUCCAAGAGAGCACCCUUAGAGUUUAUUGGCUCGCUACAGCACAUCCUCUUUGGCACGAUGGAUGCUGAUGACAGGAAAGUUGUAGAAGAAAACAUGAGGAAACUAUUGGGAAAUCAGCAUGACCUGAAAUACCUUGUGCAAAAACAGACGUCUAUUCUGGAAUCGUCAGUGAAUGUCAUUCGCAAAACGACGGAAGAAGUAAACAGCAACUUCAAAAGUAUAACAGAACGGGUGAACAACAUGACGGAAGCGAUGAAGGAGGUAUAUUUGGUGUACCGCGAGUCCAUCAAAUUUUUCAUGGUGACGAAAGAAUUGCACAUAAUCAUAAGUGAGAACCAGAGGGUCCAAGCGAAGAUAAUCGAAUUGCUGAUAGAUAUAAAUCAUGGUAAAUUAAAUCCCUCAUUGCUCACGCCAAUUCAGCUCCAGAAUGAAAUACACCAGAUGCUGGAGAAUAUACCUGAAAGCCUUAAACUGCCGGGAAAGAAGCAUAAUCAGCUAAGCACCAUAUAUAAGCUAAUGAAGGCGAAAGCGUUUAUAAUAGACAAUCAAUUGGUGAUAUCUGCAGAAAUACCAUUAUUCAACGAUCAUGUCUCCCAAAUACACAGGGUAAUACCUGUGCCUGUUGUAUAUAAUGGCAUGAAACAGAUAGUCGUUGCAAGAGAGCAGUUCAUUUUAUAUAAUUUUAAUAUGGAUGCCUAUCAUUUGAUGUCCGAGUUGGAGUUAAGCAGUUGUCAGAAAAUGUCUGAGGAAGAAUACGUUUGUGAUGGUGGAUGGCCCUGGAUAGAUGCGAAUGAUAAUUCUUGCGAAAUUUCAUCAGUGAAACCUCUUGCGCGUCAUCAGUGCCAAUUUGCGCCUACGAGUAUUGAAAUUUUCUGGGUGCAAUUACAUCAACGAAACCAUUGGUUGUUCAAGAUGUUCAACGAGACAACCGCUCACGUGCAGUGUAAACCAGACGCUCAGAGGCUGCUGAAGAUGCCAUUGCAGGGUAUCAUGAAGGUGGACCCCGGAUGUGUUCUUCGAAUGAAGGGUGGAGUGAUACAUGCUCCAAUUCAAUUCACAUCAGAAAAUAAUAUGGAGAUGAAGUUGAGCUUGUAUACCGAUGUGGAGAGUAUGACCAGAUGGAAUAUGAGCGCAUUGGGGCCAAUGACCAUUGACCACGGAAAAGAGAUUGAGCUUUUGAAGAACCAGAUCAAGGAACUAAAAAAGGAGAAGUUGCUUAUAAGAGGACUAAACUUUCAUCAUGUCAGCGGUCAUUUAUCACUAUGUAUAAUAUUGACUAUUUUGAUUAUAUGUAGUACUAUUUACUUAUAUUUGAAAUGUAAAUGUAAGCGCAAGCAAAAUAUCGUUAAGAUAGAUUUCACUCCUCAUCAACCAACAGAAAUGGUAUAA